CGGGGCGUGGGGCGGGGGGUCCCGGCUCGGAGGAGCCCGUCGCGGGGAGGCGGAGGCGAGACAAAGGUUUCCCCUGUUUACUGCGGGCUGCACGCCGCCGGGACGGACAGCGGCUUCUCCUGCGCCGCCCCCCACCAACGCCCCGCGCCAGCCCCCCGGGGGGUCUGGCCGCGCUUUCCCCCCCACCCCUGGUCUUGCACCGGCCCUGGUGUGCGGAGCGCGGUGGGGGCGAGACCCCGGGACCCGCCGAUCGCCUGCACGCGGUGGGUGGGGUGUCGGAGCUUUUAUGCACCGGGCACGGUCAGGAAAACGCGGACCCUCGCGCUGGAUGGGAGAUGUGCUCAGCGUCGCGGGCAUUUUCCGAACUGGGCACGGAGGGACGAGGAAGACGCAGCUUUCACACGAGCAGUGAUUCCCAGGCUUUCUUGACGAUGUGCCCUAUUUUCUGACACAUUGGACACCAAAUUCUCCUCUUCACAAGAAGACAGUUUUGCAUGUGUGGCUGUCAAGAUAGACAAGAAGAAGGCCGGCAAAUUCCAGCCUUUCAAGAAGUUAUUUAGCAAGAGGAGGAAGAAGGACGCGACCUCGUCCCGGGAGGUGUCUGCAGGGAGGAGUCGCCGCCCCCCGUGUGUCAGCAAUGGGACCGUCUCUUCAGAUGACGAGACCCUGGAGGACAAUCUAAGGUCCUUCAACUAUUCUAUGGGAACCCGGGCAUUUUCCCAUGACAGUAUUUUUAUCCCUGAUGGGGGAGCCGAGAGUGAGCAGACAGUUCAAGCAAUGUCACAGGACAACAUCGUGGGCAAAGUCAAAACUCUUCAGGACUGUGCUUUAUUUUUCAGUCGACUAAGCAGUAUGUUCCUGCGACAGCUGGGCAAGAACAUCAAGUUUGGGCAGCCACCACCCCAGGCUGUUCCCAUGAAGAAGGCGGACAGUGGGGACGCGAGCCUAGAAGAGGACCUGUUCCUGACCAGUCCCAUAGAAAUUGUGACCCAUCAGGACGUCAUCCUCUGCGACUCCGAGCACCAGCCCAGUGAUACGUCCAGCUCUCUGAGUCCUCUGAACCAGCCGGCAGCCAGAAGUGAGAUGGAGGAGAAGGUCACUCCAGCGAAACCAUCUCGGCCCAAAAGACACUUCUCUUCUGCUGGCACCAUCGAAAGCGUCAACCUGGAUGCCAUCCCCCGUGCUAUCUCGCGCCUCGACAACAGUGCCGCCAGGCACAAGCUGGCCGUGAAGCCAAAACACCAGAGGGUGUCCAAGAGGCACCGGCGACUCGCCGGGGACCGGCUCGGAGAACACGGCGGCCUUCCACAGCCGCUGUCUCUGGACCAGAACGGGCACUCUGGAGAAGACAAGCUCGUCUGGCAUGAAGAGGAGCCAGAACCACUGGACGCCGAGGACAAGAGACGCCAUGAGGAAUACUGGCGGGAACUGGAGGCCAAAUGCAAAAGGCAGAAGGCUGAAGCCGCGGAGAAGCGACGCUUGGAAGAGCAGAGGCUGCAGGCCCUGGAGCGCAGGCUGUGGGAGGAGAGCAGGCAGCCGGCGCUCCUGGCCGAGGGGCCGGAGGACCUGCCUGGGGAGGAGGAGCAGGAGACACCUCUGGAGAAGCCGAGAGGGACAGCGUGGCCAGAGCCCGGGGAAGACAGGCUCCCAGAGGAGGAGACGCAGGUGAAGGAGAGACGCCAACUGCAGCAGGCGCUGGAGGCACGCAACAGGCAGGAGGCCGAGAAGCAGAGGCAGGAAGAGGAGGAGAGAGAGCAGGAGCGCUGGAGGAAGAGGGAGGAGGAGAGGAGGCAGGAGGAGCUGGAGGAGCAGAGACGGCAGGAGGAAGAGGAGAGGGUGAGGGAGCUCAGGAGACAGGAGGAGGAGAGGAUGGAGGAGCUCAGGAGACAGGAGGAAGAGGAGAGGAUGAAGGAGCUCAGGAGACAGGAGGAGGAGGAGAGGAUGAAGGAGCAGGAGAGGAUGGAGGAGCUCAGGAGACAGGAGGAAGAGAGGAUGAAGGAGCUCAGGAGACAGGAGGAAGAGAGGAUGAAGGAGCUCAGGAGACAGGAGGAAGAGAGGAUGAAGGAGCUCAGGAGACAGGAGGAAGAGGAGAGGAUGAAGGAGCAGGAGAGGAUGGAGGAGCUCAGGAGACAGGAGGAAGAGAGGAUGAAGGAGCUCAGGAGACAGGAGGAAGAGAGGAUGAAGGAGCUCAGGAGACAGGAGGAAGAGAGGAUGAAGGAGCUCAGGAGACAGGAGGAGGAGAGGAUGAAGGAGCUCAGGAGACAGGAGGAGGAGGAGAGGAUGAAGGAGCAGGAGAAGAUGGAGGAGCUCAGGAGACAGGAGGAAGAGAGGAUGAAGGAGCUCAGGAGACAGGAGGAGGAAGAGGAGGAGGAGAGGAUGAAGGAGCUCAGGAGACAGGAGGAGGAGGAGGAGAGAAAGAGAAAGGAAGCAUUGAGAAAGCAGGCAGAGAUGGAGGCACUGAGGCGACCGGAAGCAGAAAAGAAGGUUCGGGAAGAGGAAGGUUCCCUGGAGCUGGCCCACCAGAGGGGCCUCCGGAGCCCACGCCGUCGGAAGGACUUUGCAGAGAAAGCCGACGGCCCCCAGCCGGCGCCGCAGCCGGGAGACGGCGAGGAAGCGCGCAGAGGGGAGAAGCCGCAGCUGCAGCCCCCGGAGGCGCCACCGGGGGAGCGGCGACAGGGGAAGAGAGAGGGAACCCGGGCGCAGCGACCCCAGAAACCAGACGCGCCCUCGGAAGAGCCACCGCGGGCGCCGGCCGCCAGGAGCGGGGAGGAGCUGCGCUGGCGGGAGGUGGACGAGCGGCAGAGCACGCCCAGGCCCUACACGUUCCAGGUGUCGUCGGGGGGCAAGCAGAUCCUCUUCCCCAAAGUCAACCUGAGCCCGGUGACCCCCCUGAAGGAGGCGGGCGCGGGCCCGGCGCCGGCGCCGCCCCCGGAGCCGCAGCCCCCCAGGGCCGGCGCGGCGCCGCCCGGCCUGCCGUCGGCGCUCAGCGUGCCGCACACGGCCAUCCUGGUGACGGGCGCCCAGCUCUGCGGCCCGGCCGUCAACCUGAGUCAGAUCAAGGACUCGGCCUGCAGGUCCCUGCUGGGCCUGGCGGAGGACAGGCGGCCCGCCGAGGGCGCGGCGGCCGAGCGCGCGGGGAGGCCCCGGCCGCCGGCCCCCGACGCGCCGGGCGGGGAGGGGGCGCUGGCCGAGUUGAUGUCCAUCCGGUCCCGAAUCCUGCGGAGCGCCGAGGGCGAGCCGCGCCCGGGGGACAGGGAGCCGCCGGGGCCCGAGGGCGGCGACGAGCCGGCGGCCGCGCCGCGCCGGACGCCGUCGAUGGGCGCCAAGUUCUGCAUCAAGCCCGCCUGGCAGAAGUUCGCGGACGGCGGCGGCGCCGACGGGGAGGGCGGCCGGAGGCGGGCGGCGGGCGACGCCCGGGAGAGAGGCGGGCCGCCGCGGGAGCCGGCCGACGCCACGGACGGCUGCCAGUUUGCCAAAGACCUGCCGUCGUUCCUGGUCCCGGGGCUGCCCUCGCCGCCGCCGCCGCCACCGCCGCCGCCGCCGCAGGUCGCGGCCCACGCGGAGCCCGCGAGCGGCCCCGACGGCGGCGGGCGGAAGGCGGAGCCCGCGGGCGCCGGCGGGGAGGAGAAGGCGUCGCCUUUCGGCAUCAAGCUGCGAAGGACCAACUACUCCCUGCGCUUCCACUCGGACCAGCAGGCCGAGCAGAAGAGGAAGAAGAGGCCCGGCAGCGGCGGGGACGGCGCGGGCGCGGGCGCGGGCGGAGACAAGGACGCGGCGGCCCGGCCCGGCCCGGCCCUCGCGGCCGCCCCGACGGAAAGUGCCCCCGGUCCCGCCGCGCCGCCGCCGGCGGCCCAGCCCGCGCCCGCUCCCGCCAGCAGCCGCAGCCCCACGCCCGAGCACAGGCCACCCCCCAAAAUGCCAACGGUUCAGAAGCCAGCCCUGGCGCCCAAGCCCAGCAGCCAGACCCCGCCGCCGUCCCCGCUGUCCAAACUGAGCCGGCCCUACCUGGCCGAGCUGCUGUCCCGGCGGCCCGGGAAGCCCGACGCAGAGCCCGGGGAGCCAAGCAGGGAGCCGAGCAAGGAGCCGGGACCUCGGGCCGCCCCGUCGGGCUGCCCGCCGCCGCCCCCCGAGGAGGAGCGGGGGCCCGAGAGGAAGCCCGGCUCGCCCGCCCCACCCGCCGGCCGCCGGGAGAAGCAGCCCUCGCCCAGCCCGGAGCCCGAGAGGAGAGAAAAGCCGGUGCUGCAGAGCAGACACUCCCUAGACGGCUCCCGACUGGCGGACAAGGGGGAGCCGGCGCAGCCGCUGUGGAUCACACUCGCGCUGCAGAAGCAGAAGGGCUUCCGCGAGCAGCAGGCCACCCGCGAGGAGAGGAAGCAGGCCCGGGAGGCCAGGCAGGCAGAAAAGCUCUCCAAAGAGGUGAGCAUCAGCAGAGCCGGGUCCAUGCACAAGCCCGUCACUCAGCCUGAAGUGCAGAAGCCGCAGAAGCCCGAGGAGCCGAAGCCCGACACCGCAGCGUCCAGGCUGGAGCGCAGAGAGCACCUGAAGAAAGCCAACACUCUCCCCACGUCCGUGACAGUGGAGAUCUCGGAUUCGGCUCCCCCCGCGCCGCUGGUGAAAGAAGUGACAAAGAGGCUGUCCACCCCGGACGCGGCCCCCGUGUCCACGGAACCUGCCUGGCUGGCUCUGGCCAAGAGGAAAGCCAAGGCCUGGAGCGACUGCCCACAAAUCAUUAAGUAGACUGACUCUCGUUUCCUCCUCAGAGGCCAUCACCGGCCUCUCCUGCCCUUUUUAUUUAUUUUUUAUAUAAGGUAAAGAAAUCAAGCUAGGGAAAGCAGCAUGUUUUAUAGGCUCUACAAUAAUGUUUAGAAACUGAACUGUGUCGUUCCUUGUAAAGAGUGUAUUUGCACAACCCUAGGUCCUGGUGCCUUGAGCUCCUCCUAGUUGAAAGAGAGAGUUCCGUCUGCGGGAUCCUGAGGUAGGUUCUCCAGGCCGAGAACUCGGGAGAGCGUGCCGUGCCCGCCCCACGGUGCUCCCACUCAGCCCCGAGUCAUCGGAACACGAACUCUUGCCAAUCUUUAUACUGGUUUGAGAUUCUCCACUCCAGUUUCUCGUAUCCCAAACACUGACCUAGCCCAGCACGGGGGUUUUCCUGCUGUACUGGUGGAAAGUUCAACCAUGGAAGCCACACGCCCUUCUCCUGAAUGCAGCGAAUGGCAGGGAGCCCUCUGACUCUGUGUCCGGGUUUCAUCACAUUUCCCCAGCCUGGAAUUGUCAUGCAGGACGCGAAUUCAUUCUCACUCCCACCACACAAAUGAUUUGAUGCCAUUUCUCUCCUUUAAGGACAUGUUAAGUAUUUGGUCCACUUGGCUUCUUAGGAACAUCUUUAGAAAAUUGUUUUUAGGGCCACCCCCCUUUCUUUUGGCGGGGUUUGGGGGGAGGGUGGUAUUCAUACAGUACUAGGGAUUGAACUCAGGGCCUCACAAAUGCAAGGCAUGUCUCUUCCACUCGACUUACCUCCUAGAAACCUUUGUAUAUAACAUGGUGAAGAAAGCAAGCUGCAAGUUCUGUUUUUGUCUCUAAGAAGCCCCAUCUCGGGGCCAGGGUGCGAGUACAGUGGGUAAGGUGCUGGCCUUGCCUGUGACCAACCUGUGCUGCCUCUCCAGCAUCCCAUGUGGGUCCCCAGCUCCCACCAGGAGCGAUCCCGGAGUAAGCCAUGGGCACCUCCAGGUGUGGAUCCCAAACAAAUAAAAACAAACCCCCUCCCCACCAAUGCAUCGGUUCUUAGGAGGGCCAGCUUCCAUUCCACCCUUCCUCAUGGGGCCAAGAAUGUACACUCUGCAGAAAUUCUUUAGAAGAAUCACCUCAAAGGUUGAGAAGCUUAGAACAAGCUGCUUCUAGUAUAAUUUUUAAAGGUCCGAUGGGGAGUCUCAUUUUACCCAAAGAAGCAAAAGUGAGACACACACACACACACACACACACACACACACACACACACACAAAACCCUGAAAAAAAAAUAGCUCCCAAUCAAGCCAUUUAUUACAGCAUUAUGAGAGGCAGCUGACAUCACUGACGCUACAGGUCUCUGAAAAUUCCCUCCAUCUUCAGGGAAAGUUAACAGAAGCCGAGAAUUGGGACUCUGCACAAAGGACUUCCUGCAGGAAGCUUUCCUCGACUAGAAUAAAAUUCCUAUUUAAAGUUAAAAGUUUAAUAGCAUUUACAAUUUACCAUGUCCACACCAUACCUUAAAAACAAAACAAAACAAAAAAAACCCACCCUGCAUUUCAGAGUCUUAAGUGGCCUUGUUAUCUACAAAGAAGGGACAUGGCAUAUAAGAUCCACGUUUAUUCACUUUGAUGCUUCUAAAUUUGCUUUUCGUGACACACAGACAUGCCAGUCGAUUGCCAUAGUGCUGGUACUCAUUGUAUUUCGUGGUGUUAGCAUGUUUCUUAUUCUGACUCCAACAUACAAGUCCAAAUCCUUGACCUAGUGCAGGAGGAACUACAUCCUUCCCUUCUCUCCUAUAAAAGCAGGUUUUCUUAGUAUCCAUAGCUGUUUUCUUUUUUGCUUAUUCAGUAUACAAUGUUAGUGUAUUAUUUACCUUCAUGAAAGAAAGAUGGCCGUGCCACGUAGAAGCAUUUUUGUGGGGGAACAGUGGCUCAGCCGUAUGCUAGAGCUGACAAGGGUGGUCAAAUGCAUAGUCGUACUCUUGUAAGCUGAGUUUAUUAUUCUACAUAUUGGACCUUCAGACUGUUAAGUAUCAAUGAAACUUGAAUCUUUCAAAUUGCUAUGGGAGGCAACAAAUAUUCCACUGCACGCUUCCUGCACCGAUGCUCCUUUCCAAAUCAAGUCUGUAGGCAGUUUUUAGUUCCAAUGAUUGACUCACCUUAAUGGACCUCUUCAGUGAGAAUAACACUUCAAUGGGAAUCUUUCCAUCUAUAAGUCCUGGAAUUAUAGUGCUAUAGUAAUUCUUCUGAAUUGAAAUUUUCUUUCCUCCUAUCAGCCUUGGAUUACACUGAUAGCAGUAAUGACAGAACAGAUGUAAGAAUCGAUUCAUUAACAAAGAAUGAGAGAUGAAUCGACCCUGUACCGAGUUACCUGCCACUGAGGCCAUGCCAGGUCGGAGCAGUGCCUCAGUCAACAUUUCCAUGGGGGCGCUAGGGACAAAGCUCAGCGACACAGCACUUGCCUUGCAGAUGUGAGGCGCUGGGCUCAAUAUCCAGCACUGCAGAAACUUUCCAUCAAAAUCUUUAGUAAGAGUGUACUGGAAACAGUCACAGCAAUUACUCCUAGAGGUACCUGUUUAUUAUUUCAUAAAAAAUUACUUCAGCUUUGCACUCAAUACCAAUGAAGUGUUAUUUUGCUUUAGUUGUGGUGCAGUCAACAAAAUAUGGGGAAAAUCGGUUAAAACACACAAAAAUUCAAGACCUUUUUAAAUGAAUGAUUGUUAUGUUAAAUACACAAGCGUAAACUUGUUUUUUCUUAAAAAAAAAAAACAAAACGAAACAAAAAAAACAAACAUACAUUUCUCCUGGCAAGGUAAUAGAUGAUUGACCUCUGUUCAUAGACAUACAUAUACAAUUAGAGGUUUUUGUUUACUUUUUUAAUUUUUCAAGUGCAAUUUUUCUUAUACAUCAUUGUUAAUCGCUAUUAAAUUUACCAGUCAGUUAUCAGCAAAUUAUAGUAUGUAUUCAUUGUCUCUUCUUGUGACAUUUAAUUUAAUUGCUUAUUUUAAAGCAGAAACAUUAGAGUUACAAGUGUCUUGCAAUAUUUUUACCAACAAUAAAAUUAAGUAGAGGCUUAAUAAUGAAAAUACCUUAAGUGUGAUCUUAAUAUUAUUUUGAGAUUUUUGGUUGUAUAAAGUUUUAAUGUAAAAAUGUCCAUUAUUGAAGGAAAAAAACCCUUUCAAUAAAAAAUACCCACAAGA